AGCCAGGAGAACGUAGCUUAAAGGAGAAUGAGUGGACGUUGGAAAUAUCAUAGACCGUAAAAAGCUUGAGUUCGCACCCAGGCAUCACGGGGUUUUUAAGGCUUUGGAUACGAGCGAAUAUUAGGGAUACAUUUUGAAGACUGGAGUCAAAAACUUAACUCAGAAGUUUGAGGCAGCAGUGUUCCCCGAAGCCCAAGUUUUGAAUUAGUUUAGAAAUUUGUUGAACAUUCGUCUCCUAAAUGUUAUUCUCGCUGACCUCAAUUUUCUGUAUCCAGAAGAAAAUAUAUAUAUAUAAUUUCCAUCCCUUUGGUUCUAGAAAAAUUAAUUCCUAAAAAAGGAAGUUUAUCAUACCCUCAAAGCUACCCAGACAAAGCAGGCACUUUGGGGAAAGAAAUGGUAAAGCUGGGGAACCAGGAGGCUUUGUGCAGCUUUUGGCAGUAACCAGGAUUUGCAAGUCUCCAUUCGGGCUGCUAAAGUGGGCUUUGGCUGCCCGAGUCCUCCAGCGUGAGCUAGAAGAGACGUCUCUAUGAUCAAUUAAACAUAGAGUGGGUCCUCUCUUCCCCGCCUGGCGGACGUGCACACGAGCUGUAAUUGCCGCACUGGAAAGAUGGCGGAGGAAGAGCAAAGAAAAAAGAUCCCUUUGGUUCCAGAAAAUCUCCUGAAAAAGAGGAAGGCUUAUCAGGCCCUCAAAGCUACCCAAGCAAAGCAGGCACUUUUGGCAAAGAAGGAGAGAAAAGGAAAAGAAUUCAGAUUUAAGCGACUGGAAUCAUUCCUACAUGAUUCCUGGCGGCAGAAACGUGACCACGUGCGCAUCAGACGACUAGAAGUAAAACCUCAUGCUUUGGAAGUACCUGAUAAACAUUCCUUGGCCUUUGUUGUACGCAUCCAAAGGAUUGAUGGGGUGAGUUUACUGGUACAGAGGACCAUUGCAAGACUUCGUCUGAAGAAAAUAUUUAGUGGUGUCUUUGUUAAAGUCACCCCCAAAAGCCUAAAAAUGCUACGGAUAGUAGAACCUUAUGUGACCUGGGGAUUUCCAAAUCUGAAGUCUGUCCGGGAACUCAUCUUGAAACGUGGACAAGCAAGGGUCAAGAAUAAGACCAUCCCCCUGACAGACAACACAAUGAUUGAGGAGCAUCUGGGGAAGUUUGAUGUCAUUUGUCUGGAAGACCUCAUUCAUGAAAUUGCCUUCCCGGGGAAGCAUUUUUGGGAGAUCUCUGGAUUCUUGUGCCCUUUCCACCUCUCUGUUGCUCGUCAUGCUACCAAAAAUAGAGUGGGUUUCCUCAAGGAGAUGGGCUUACCUGGCUAUCGGGGUGAACGCAUCAAUCAGCUCAUCCGCCAGCUGAACUAAACACAGAAUAUCUGAAAGCAGUGCAUCGGAAGCAUGUGUUCUGUUGGAUGGAAAUGUUGUCAAGUAUCUUCACAGAAGAUUAUUUUCUGCCUUAAGAAACUGGAAGGAAGGGAUUGGGGAAGAGACAUUAGAUUAUGAUCAUGGCAGGCACCUCUCAUCACAGCCCAGUUCCAAGGAAAAUUGUUUUCCACGUUGACCACUUCUGCUCUUCGGUUUAAUAUUGGUGAAUGAAUUACCCCAGCAUGUGUACAAGUCUCCCUAAGCCUCUUGCAGCAGUGGACCAAGUCCAGGAGCAUACUUGAAUCUAGAGGUCCCAAGAGCCUUGUUUUGAAAAGACUUAAAAUACUUGGGAAGAAAGCACAAAAACUAAGUACUCUUA